GAGCUUUUCAAGUCGUGAGCUCAGCCUCUCUGCUGUCACAGAUCCUGAGAGUCUUCCUUGGAGUCACCAACGGGAUCUUAUCAGCUCAAUAAUCGCUCUUUUUUUUUUAAUCUACAUGCUUUGGCAGAAAAGCAGGUGAAGGGGGAUUAUGGUCCAUGAAAUCUAAGCAGCUUCAUCUCUUUCUGCUCCAGUUCCUUUAUUUGGAUGAGCAUUGUGCUCGGCUGCUCAGGAGAAGCGGGUCAUUUGCACGGCGACGACCUCAGGAGACAAUAACAGUUCUGAUCUUACACAAUAAUCAGUCAAAGGACUACGCUUCUUCUGUGCACAUCCGCAGUGCACAUCGCCGCCCUCCACCGCAUUGUGCGUGAGUGCGUGAGGAGGCUAAUGCCCGUCGAAGUGUGGCCAGGGCCCGUGGAGGAUGAGUCCGGCUGUCGAGGCUCAGGCCCAAGAAGGCAAGGAUGCAGAGAUCCAGAAGCAGAAGAUGCAGCAGCAGCAGUGCUACAUGAACAAAGGGGUCAUACUUGAGCCCUUCAUACACCAGGUGGGGGGACAUUCAUGCGUCCUGCGCUUUGGAGAGCAGACCAUCUGCAAGCCCCUCAUCCCCCGCGAGCAUCAAUUCUACAAGAGCCUGCCCGCAGAGAUGAGACGCUUCACCCCCCAAUAUAGAGGCGUGGUGUCGGUGAGUUUCGAGGAGGAUGAAGAAGGGAACCUCUGCCUCAUCGCCUACCCCCUCCACAGCGACCCGGCGGCCGACCUGGAAAACAAAGACCCCUCGGCCGACAGCGAGCCCAAGAGCAAGAUGCUCAAACGGGGCAACGUGACGACAUCCUCUCCGCUCGCCGAGAGCGAAAACCUGAGCAAAGAGGGACGAAGCCGCCAUUUGCGUAGAGAGAAGAGUGCUCUCAAGCUGCAGGAAGACGUAGAGCUGGAGUGGCUGCAGCAGGCCGAGGUGCUAUACUACCGCCUGGAGCGUAACCACACUAACGCUGUCCCGCAGCUCAAACACAACCCUUGGAGCCUCAAGUGUCACCAACAGCACCUACAGAGGAUGAAGGACAAUGCCAAGAACCGCAAUCAAUACAAAUUCAUCCUGUUGGAGAACCUUACGUGGCAGCACACGGUGCCAUGCGUGUUGGACCUGAAGAUGGGCACGCGCCAGCACGGAGAUGACGCCUCCGAGGAGAAGAAGGCCAUGCAGAUCCGCAAGUGCCAGCAGAGCACGUCGGCCUCCAUAGGUGUUCGACUCUGUGGCAUGCAGGUGUAUCAGUCCGACACAGGCCAGCUGAUGUUCAUGAACAAGUACCACGGCCGUAACCUCGCCCUGUCCGACUUCAAGGAGGCUCUGGUCCAGUUCUUUCACAGCGGCCGCCGCCUACGUCACGAACUCCUGUCGCCGGUGCUGCGCAGGCUUCGGGACAUGCAGGCCGCUCUGGAGGCCUGCGAGUCUUACCGUUUCUACUCCAGCUCCCUGCUCAUCAUUUACGACGGCUCGCCGUACCGCAAGCACACACGCCGACGCACCAGGAGUGGCCUUUCCGAUGAAGACGAGGAGAGCGAAGAGGACGAAGAGGAUGAGGAGGUGGAAGCCGAAGCAGAAACGGAGCUCGGGGGAGACGCGGGGAUAGCUGCUGCACUUGAUUUCCCCCGUGAGUGUGGUGAUGACAGCAGCAGUUGUUCCAGCAGCAGCAGCAGCAGCAGCAGCAGCAGUAGCAGCAGCAGCGCCUGUCUGUCCCCCUCGGGCCCACACAACCCAGCGGUGGACGUGCGGAUGAUAGACUUUGCCCACACCACCUGCAGACAUUACCGUGAGGACAGCGUUGUCCAUGAGGGCCAGGACACAGGAUACAUUUUUGGCCUUCAGAAUCUGAUCACCAUCAUCUCCGAGCUGGAAAACCACAGCUAGUCCAUCUACGCUUUUGGGAGAAUCGUCAGACACUAAGGCUGUGUUCAGAAUCACUCCCUGCCAUUUUGUUGUGCUGUUUGAAUCGGUGCUGACUAUAAAAUAUCUUCUGGAUCAGAUCUGCUAAGAGCAAAGUUGCCCAAGUCAUGUUUGGGUGACACAGCAAAUUCAUCAACCAAGAAAAGUCUGGUUGCCUCGGUUCAAUGUUAGCAGAUUAACCGAAAAUUUACACAGACCUAAGGAAAAAGGCUGUUUUAGAAAACAUAUUGGUAUUUUGUAUUGUUUCGUUGUUCCAAAGAGCAUAUAUAGACUUUGCACACCCAAACAGUACAUGCACUUAAAAGACCGCGCGUUCUACUGUAUUUGUAUGUGAAUAGAAGUCUCCCUGGGGGGACAUAAAUUGUCAGAGACAGAAGCGAGAGACUUAUUUAUUGGACCAGUCCCAUUGAGUAAAGCAAACUCUCCAGGUGUAAAAAGGGAGAGAACUACAUUCCAUGUAAUUACAAUAAUGAUAUUCAUUAAUAUUAUUACAUGACAUGUUUGCAUACUUAAAUGUUGCAUAAUUGGAUACUUCAAUGUUGGUUUUUCUUUCCUUUUUGUCUAUUGGGUAAGAAUUAAAGUCUUUCGUUUGUGCUAA